CGGGAUAAUAGUGCUGGCGUACUCAUCCUGUGGGAGAUCACUUCAAUGGCCAUGUCGUCGGCACGCUCAUUGCCAAGAUGCCUGGCAAGGGGUUGUAACGUAGUGUCGUUAUGUUUGGGGCUACAUGUACAGAAACGUCAGGCCCUCGGAGUGUCUACUCUUUCCGUCCGGGACGUCAUGGGACACUUUGGCGAGCAGCAUCGACUGUACAUUCGAAGCACGCGGAAUAGAAUACUCACUACAUCCCUCCCUCGACCACAUUGCCAUGCAUCUUCCAUACUGCCCUCAAUCUCCAACCACGUACCUCAUAUACAAGGGAGGGAUCUCGCAAAUCUUCAAGAAAAGCAACCUUUACGAGAAAACAGUGAAUAUCCUCGUUUGAAGCCUCCAGACACCGAAACCUCGGAGAGUCUUGCAGCCAAAAACGAUGAUGCAAUGGCAAAGGCUCGCUCUGCUCUAAUGCCGGCGAUUGCCCUAGCUGUCCAUUCAAGGGCGGUGCUGCGGAGAUCUGCAGCAGACGUAUACUCGCACGUUGCCAACCACAUUUUUCCAAAACUUAGCGAUCUCCUCAACACCCUGACUGGAUAUAGCGUUGUCCAGGAAUGCAAAAAUCGUGUACUUGCGAAGGACAAUGAGCUAAAUGUCGCGAGGGAACGAUCCGACAUGGCAAAGCGGGCCUACGAGCAAACCAUUGAAGAGAGAAGAAAAUGCCAAAGAGAGCUCAAUUCUUUGCUUCAGCGCAAAGAUACGUGGCUAGAUAGCGAUAUCACCCGCUUUACCGAGCUCUAUCGCAAGGACUUAAAUCUUGAGCAGAGCGAAAGCCAAGCAAAGCAAGAGUAUAAGGACGCCGUGGAAGGAUUUGAAAAGUGUCAUAGAGAUUAUCUAAACGAAAUUCGUGAGCGUUAUAUAGAGGAGCAGCUCUAUUCUGACAAAAUCCGAAGAGCAAGUACCUGGUGGACUUGGGGUUUGAUUUCUUUGCAUUUUGCGAUAUUCGUGGUUGUACAAUUAUUUGUGGAACCUCGAAAGCGGCGAAUAUUAAAAGAGGAGCUGGGCAAUCUCAUCACGGAAACGUCCGAGGCAGACCGAGCAGCGUUGCGGUCUCAACUCCAAGAGGAGUUCCAGCCUCUUAUUGGAAGAUUGGAGAGUCUUCAGGUCCUUGAAGAGGCCAAGCCAGCCAUCAUCGAUCUUGGACCGCUAGUACUUGGUGGUGCUGAAGUAAAAGAGGGUGACGUGGCACGAGUACCAGAGAGCGCACCGGGUCUGUACCCCAAGGACCGAUUAUUUGCUAAGGGCGUAGCUGUGGGGGCCGUUUUAGGGGUGGUCUCUACGGUGCUAUUAUUUUUAAACGGAAGAUAGAUGAACUGAUACCACGACAGAAAACUCCGACAUCCAUUUCACAUUUAUUCAUCAUGACUGUUAAACACAAUCAUAAAAGUCGCUGCGAGAAGUUCUCCAGCAACAAAAAAUAAACCGAUUGCGCUGA